CCUGUUCAAGUUUAAAUGAAGAAUACACUACAUGUAGUGUAAGGGGAUUUACAAAACUGCCUAAGUUCCUUACGUGCCUUUUUUGGUUAACUAUCUGCUGCAUCCUGUGCUGGUCAUAGAAGUGGAAGUUACGUGGUUUCAGAGUGAGUAUAUGAACUGUCCUGAGGAAGGAACAUACAUAUUACAAGAUAGCAUCUUUUCUCAAGAUGUGCUACGCAUCACUUCAUCUCUUUCUUGGGGCCAUACUUGUCCUCGCAGUUGGAAAUGAGGCCACAACUAUGAUAAACGGCACAAACAGCACCUUUAUAGUUUUAAAGCCUGAUAACACCACCACCAACAAAACAAUUCUGGACAACUCUACUGUAACUUCAUCACCUAUAUCGACUACUGUUCUAUCAAACACAACAGAAGCCAACGACACAUUAGAUGAAGGAUCAGCAGAUUCACCCAAUACUUCACCAACCUCUAAAGAACCGCAGACCACUAGCACCACAGACAAUCCUCUGAACAAAGUCCCACAAGUCAGCACAAAUGCUACGAUUCAAACAACAACCAGAACAAGAACCAGCAUAACAACUUGUACAACAACCACAACUAAAGCACCAGAGCCCAAAAAACAUGGACCAGCUUACAUAAUUAUACUGGUCAUUGCUGUUCUGUGCAUCACUGGAGUAGUAGUUUUCUGCUGCCUUCAAAAGAACUCCAGGAAGUAUUCUGUCGACUUGCACCCUAAAAAAGAAGAUGCUCAGAUUCCACUCAGCACAGUGGAUGCAGAAGUGUUUGACACCACGUCAGAAAAAGAUUUGCAAACAUUUGCUCCAGUUGAGCCAGUAAAGGACCCUGACAUUGGGAAGGAAGCUGAAAAGCCUGAGGAAGGAAAAGAAAUACCUGAUGUUAAACAAGAAAACCAACAGAAUUUGUCCACCCCUGAGGCCACAGUGAUUCCAAAUGACAAAAAAGAUGAACUGACUGUAGUAGAUCUGACUGAUGCAGAACCAGCGAUCUCAACCAAAACCUCAAUGGAAUCACUAGAUGAUACUCUUAAUGAAAACAACAGCAACAACACAAGAAUUGAAGGCAUUGCCAAUGGGUAUGAAUUCAUUGAGAUCUUUCUUGAUGGUCCACUCUAAAAUAAAUCAGCUCCUUCCCAACAAUUUACAAUGAUCUUUGAACCUGAUUGAUGGAUUUUUGACUCUGCAACAUGGAAAACAACUUCUUCAUUUUUACCUGUGUGUAAGUCUACUUUUCAGAACAAUGUUAGUUGGAUAUAUAUAUAUAUAUAUAUAUAUAUAU